UCUGUACCCGCUUUCUCCAGAUUGAGUAGAGCGACAAUGGCAACGAAUGGUAUAUUGUUGGCGAAGGGGAAGAAGCAAACCCUUCUAGCCCUUGCCGAGGAAGUUCAGUGCGAGGCCAAAGCAAUCACAGACUUCUGCAAUGCCAAUGGAUCUUCUUCACCAUCAUUGUUUCAGGACUGGCCAGAUGAUCUUCCAGAACACAUACAGGCUUCUCGUAUGAAGCUUCGCGAAGCCGCAAAUGCCGUACACGACAUAGCCGUGGGACCAUUUGAUCAUCUAUUCUCGCUUGCUUGGAGUAUCCCAGAGGCAGUCCCGUUAGGUGGAGGUAUUCCCUAUUCCGAAGUUGCAUCCAAAUGCGGAGUAAACAUUUCUCAUCUACGCCGUGUCUUGCGCUUUUGCAUGGUCAAUCGACUAUUUCAGGAACCACAACCAGAUCAUGUGGCACAUAGUGUCUUUUCAGCGUACCUUGUCACGAACAAAGUGCUGCUGGGCCAACUCGAGUUUCUUUGUGAGGAUUCGUUCCAAUUCUCUACUAAGCUUGUGGAAGCGCACAAGAAGUGGCCAGAUAGCAAGGGCCCCAAUCACGCGGCUUUCAAUGUAACUCGUGAGACCGAACUACCACGCUACGCAUACCUUUAUCAACCGGGAAACGAGCAGCAAGCAAAACGAUUUGGCAACAUGCUAGAAUUCGCGCGACUGGAACGGGCUACCGACGUCCGAUUUGUCCCUCCUGCAUAUAAGUGGGAGGACGUCGAUACUUUGGUCGACGUUGGAGGCGGGACUGGGGAUGUUGCAGUCACACUUGCCAAAGCGUUCCCACGACUACGCAUCACUGUUGAGGACCAAGCCCAAAGUAUUGCGACUGGAAAGUCUACUUUGCCGGCAGAAUUGCAAGACCGCAUCCAGCUUGUCGAGCGGGACUUUUUCGAGCCACGCAUGGUCGAACCUGAUCUCAUUUCGAAGACGAAAACAUACUUCCUGCGUAUGAUAUUGCACAAUUGGCCUGACAAGGACGUCGCACGGAUCAUACAGCCUUUGCUACCCAGUGUCCGAGCUGGAGCAAGACUUCUCAUUAUGGAAAUGAUGGUGCCACGUCCAGGUACCGUGCCCGAGACUAUGGAAUGGUGGAUGCGGAGUCUAGACAUGGAGAUGAUGAUUCAGUUCAAUAGCAGGGUGCGGUCAAAGGAAGAUUGGCAGGAACUGUUUGAGGGAAUAAGCCCAGGUCUGGUCAUGAAGUCCACGACCACGCCGCAUGGAAGCGGACUAACGGUCAUGGAGUUUGGUUUUGAGAAUUAA